ACGAAAAACAGAGGUGCAUGUAAGAACAAAGGAAUUUUGGAAACAACAAAAACUUAUUUUUACCGGUUGGGAAAACAACCUGGUUGUAGUUUUGUUUUGCAGAGUUUAUAUAUAUACGGUCAUCACCUAACGUGGUUAGUUGAGUAUAGUGGUGAAGAAGCAAGUGGGGCUAGGCAAAGGUGUGUCAAGAAACGAAGAUAAAAGUUGUGUGGUGGUUGUUGCGGUGGGUGGCAGUGCAGUGAAUAUGGGUUCUCAGGUGUCUAAGCAGAUGGAACGGAGAAAGACAAUUCACACAGAGAAGAAAGUUCUCUCCGAUCUGAAAACGUCCGGAGAAGAGUACCCUGGCUCUGAGUACCGUCCUCAAGACAGGAAAAACUGGAUGUCUGGUCUGAACCCAGAGAAACUACGCAUCAACCAGAUCGUGUGGCCGGGGACGCACGACUCUGCCACCAACAAAAUCGGCAUCCCCCUCGUCACUCGCCCUUUCGCCCAGUGUCAAUCGCUCUCCAUAUACCGGCAGUUGGUCCUUGGUACCCGCGUCCUUGACAUUCGGGUCGAAGAAAACCGUCGCAUCUGCCAUGGCAUCCUGGUCACCUACAGCGUGGACGUGGUCCUGAACGACGUGAAGAAGUUCCUGUCUGAGACACAGUCCGAGGUGAUCAUCCUGGAGAUCAGAACAGAGUACGGGCACGAGGACCCACCCGAAUUCGAUAAGUACUUGGAGGAGCAGUUGGGGGAGUUUCUGAUCCCUCAGGACGAGGGCGUUUUCGGGAAGACCAUAGCGGAGGUGUUGCCGAGGAGAGUUAUUUGCGUGUGGAAGCCCAGAAAAUCGGCCCAGCCCAAAGCAGGGAGUCCUCUGUGGAGUGCGGGCUUUCUGAAGGAUAAUUGGGUGAACACGGAUCUCCCUUCCACGAAGUUCGACGCUAAUUUAAAGCACUUGACUGAGCACCCAGGCGUGACGUCGCGCAAGUACUUCUACAGGGUGGAGAACACCGUUACGCCGGUGGCCGAUAACCCUGUUCUGUGCGUGAAACCCGUUACACGACGGAUUCAUGGGUACGCCAGGCUCUUCAUCGCUCAGUGCUUCGCUAAAGGCAUCGCUGAUAGGCUUCAGGUUCUCUCCACCGAUUUCAUCGAGGAGGAUUUUGUUGAUGCCUGCGUCGGACUCACUCAUGCAAGGGUCGAAGGCAAAGCCUGAACUCACCUGUUUCAUGCCUGUCAGUCAUGCUUUUCUUUCUCGAUUUCUUUUUUAUUUUAUCUGUACAUUAUUAUAUAUAGUUUCAUCAAUCUGCUCUUGUCCUGUGAAUAGAUUCGAUUCUGAAUUGUGAACUGUGAAUUGUGAGGAUGUUUUCCAGAAUGUCUGUCAGACGCGUGUGCAAAAUAAAUCGAAAUUAUAACUGAAAAACAGUUUCUUACA